UUUCAGUUGUAAUGCAUAAGGACAAAGAUGACGGUGGUGGAUUGCAUCGUUCGAGAGAUUUAACGGCAUUUGAUCAUACGCCUUUAGACGGAGAAAUGUUUCUGCAGGCACUAAACGGGUUCCUAAUGAUAUUAACAUGCGAAGGGGAGGUCUUUUUUGCAACGCACAGUAUAGAGGGUUACCUAGGAUUCCAUCAGUCAGAUAUAGUACAUCAAUCGGUUUACGAAUUGGUUCACUCCGAAGAUCGGGAAGAGUUACAACGACAACUAAUGUGGAAUUCGUAUCUGCCACCAGAGUCGGCCAACAUUGGCCUUCAAGAUGUCCUAUUGCCAGAAAACUGCCACCUAUUGGAACGUAGUUUUACCGUGCGCUUCCGAUGUCUACUUGACAAUACUUCCGGUUUCUUACGUUUAGAUAUACGAGGGCGUGUAAAAGUGUUGCACGGUCAAAACCGUAAAUCAGAAGAGCCUCCUCUAGCACUUUUUGCAAUAUGCACACCAUUCGGGCCUCCUUCAUUAUUAGAAAUUCCACAAAAAGAAGUGAUGUUUAAGAGUAAACAUAAGUUGGACCUGGCGUUGGUCUCAAUGGAUCCUCGAGGGAAGAUGCUGUUGGGGUAUUCCGAUUCGGAGUUGGCGAACAUGGGAGGGUACGAUCUAGUGCACUACGACGAUUUAGCGUACGUGGCCAGCGCGCACCAAGAGCUGUUAAAAACGGGAGCAUCAGGAAUGAUAGCUUACCGAUACCAAACCAAAGAAGGGCAAUGGCAAUGGUUGCAAACUAGUUCGCGACUGGUGUACAAAAAUUCCAAACCAGACUUUAUCAUCAGCACUCACCGGCCGCUAAUGGAGGAAGAGGGUCGCGAUCUUUUAGGAAAGCGCACUAUGGAUUUUAAGGUUAGCUAUUUAGAUGCGGGUCUUUCUAAUAGCUACUUUACGGAAUCUGACCAGCUGUUAGCCAAUACCGGAAAUGUUGCUCAACAUAAUGUACCGACCACGCCGUCCAGAGUUAAUCGAAGAUAUAAAACGCAAUUACGAGACUUUCUUUCGACUUGUAGAACGAAACGUAAACUGUCCUCCACGUCGUCCAGUGGACAGAUCACUCCACCGGUUAACGUUACCGUUUCAGCGUCAGUGGUUAGUCCAAUGCCUUCUGUAGAUUACAUAGCCUCAGAUGGGUGUACGGCAGCCUACAACAUGUAUACAACACCCUACGCUCCGACUGCAACCGAUCAUAGCUUGUCGUCGUACAUGAGCCAUUCAAACUUCCAGCAUAGCUUAUAUCCUACACCUACAGCUCUUGAUAACCGAUACCUAACUUCGGAAAAUUUAUUCCAUCAGUAUCGCCCACUUAGUUCUUACUACCCCGACUACCACCAUACUACCACCGCUAGUCCGUAUGUCGGUAACGGAUUUUUAGAAAUGCCUUCGCGGGCCGGUGUGCCUACCUACGAUCCCACCUCAACAACUGCUAGUCACCAUACCACAUAUCGUACAGCCGUCAUGCCUGUAGAUGAAAAACUUUAUUCCUGCCAACAAGUAGUAGACACAUCACCUUCGACAAAAUACGCGACGUACGUGGACAGCUCAAGAGGGUACGUCGUCGCCAACUCAACUAAGUGUCUUGACGUCUCGUGGCCAUAUUCAGUUAGUCCAUCCUCCGGAAUUAUACAACCUGUACAGGUGAUGAGCGCCCAAGUGGCCGACCUAAACCAAAAGCAGUGCGGAAAAAUCAUCAAGCACUCUUCGUCGCUCGACGGAAUGCAAUCCAACCAUUCUUCCUCUCCCAGCGGACUCCUAACACCAAAAAUGGAGGAAAUCAAAGCGGAUACCUCGAUGAUACCGUCCGCAAGUCCCAAUCACCACAUGAACCAAAAUUCCACGUCCUCCCUACACUUUUCGGCCGUAGCCACGUCAUCCGUGCAAGAAGUACCGCGCCAAACCGUCUUGAUGUGGGGUUCAAAUCACAUCCAGCAUCCUUCGCCUGUAACCCGAUCGCCUAACAACCACGAAUACGGUAGCACUCCUCCCGAAACGUGCGAGCCACUCAAAAGCCUCGCCGAGAUUAGUACUCCCGAUAUGUGCAAGUGGAACGGCGAAAACAAAUCCGACAAUGUUUCACAAAGUAGCGAUGUUGACAGUCCACAUCAACACCAUUCAACGCACCACAACCACCACAAUUCACGUGUCGUUAUGGUACUAUGAUAAUGAUUUCUGCUGGUCUCCAGCAAACUGUACAUAGUUAUAAAUAUUUUUAUUAAAACAAAGCAAAUGCACAUAAUUUAAUAUACACACAAUUAAUAUAUACAAAACAUAUCUUCCCGUACUUGUAUUAUUUCUUUGUACGUACCUUUUCAAUGUCUUCGAAUUACGAUUUCAGUUUUCUUAUUAUUGUAAGCAAAACGUGUUAAAUAUACA